AUGGCCUCGCGCCCUCUCGCUCCUCCUCCCACCCUAUCCUCUCCUCUCCUCCCCCUCCGGCUCCACCGCCUCCCCGGAUCCUCCUCCAUGCCGCGGUAACACCUCCCGGCAGUCCCCUCGACUGCUGGUAGUAAAACACUAGCGGACCAGCUGCUCGCACCUCUCUCUCCUCGUCAGUCUCUCCCUCCCGGCGUGUGGUGUCCAUAGCCCAUAGCUUCGCUGGUUCCAAUUGUCCUCUUGUUUCCUCAGCCGAGGAGGCUCGGUACGGUACUUCAGUCCUCGGCUCUUGUCCCCGCCGCCGCCGCUGCAACCUGCUGCUGCUGCUGCUGCUGCUUCUCGGUGUUGCACGUGCGGUUGGCUUCCUGCUCUCGCAGCUGCCGCUGCCUCGUUGCCUCCGCCGCCCCUCGGCCACGCAGGUAUCGCUAGCUGGCGUCUGCUCCCUUCCCUGCGGCUUCUCUCUCUUUCGUUACGUGUGUAGCGAACUCACGACGGCCGCCGCGUUUGUGAAGGCGGCACCAUGACGGCGACGCCGGCGGUGAUCGGGCUGAGCGCCGGCAACCGCCUCCUGGCCGCCUCCUUCGGCACCGCUGACCUCGCGCCCCCGGAUGCGCACCCGUCGCUGCAGUUCGCACCCGCCGCGCCCAAGCUCGCCGUCGUCGCGCAGUACCGCACCUCGGCCUCCUCCGCUUCCUCCUCCCCCGCCGGCCACGCGCGCGCGCACGCCGUCCGCGCGCUCAGGAACCACUCCGCGCCCGCGCUCGCCCCGCCGCCGCCGCCUCCACCGGCGGACCCGGCCGCGCCCACCCCGGAGCUGGACAUGGACGCCGAGUUCGAGUUCCAGUCCUCGCUCGAGGCCAUCGUGCUGCUGCAGCGCUCCAUGCUCGAGAAGCAGUGGGAGCUGCCCUUCGAGGACGACGUCUCCUCCACCGAGGACGAGGAGGAGCAGCAUGAGCAUGACAAGAGCAUUGGCAAGGCCACGGUGGUGGUUGCGCGGUCCGGCGUGUCGGCGCGGCAGCGGCGGAUGAGCGGCCGGCGCCGGGGCGCUGGGCGGAAGAGCGUGACCAUCAGCCCGGAGCUGAUGCAGAGCCGGAAUCGCAUCUACCUCCGGGGCACCGUCAGCAAGGAGCUGCUCACGCACAAGCAGGUCGUCCAGCUCUCCAAGAAGAUCAAGGACGGCAUUUGGCUCCAACACCAAAGAUCAAAGCUGAAGGAGAAACUGGGGAAUGAGCCUUCAUACAAGCAGCUGGCACAAUCACUACGGAUAUCAGCCCCUGAACUGCGCGCAAGGAUGCGUGAGUCGUUUCUUGCAAGGGAGAUGUUGACAAUGAGCAACAUCCGUUUGGUGAUAUCCAUUGCCCAGAAGUAUGAUAACCUCGGUGUCGAGUUGGCAGACCUUAUUCAGGGUGGCCUGAUUGGGCUACUCCGUGGGAUCGAAAAGUUUGACGCAUCAAGGGGAUUUAGGAUUUCCACUUACGUAUACUGGUGGAUUCGUCAGGGUGUUUCGAGAGCAUUGGCUGAUAACUCAAAAACAUUCAGGCUUCCUACUUAUUUGCAUGAGAGGCUUAUUGCAAUUCGUAGUGCAAAGUAUGCAUUGGAAGACCAAGGAAUUGCUCCAACAGUUGAAAACAUCGCAGAGUCACUGAAUAUAUCAGAAAAGAAAGUACACAAUGCUACAGAGGCUGUGAACAAGGUCCUUUCACUGGAUCAACAGGCAUUUCCGUCCUUAAACGGCUUACCUGGCGAAACACUCCAUAGUUAUAUAGAGGAUGAAAACGUUGCAAAUGAUCCAUGGCAUGGGUUUGAGCAGGGGUGUCUCAAGGAGGAAGUCAAUAAUCUUAUAAAUUCAACUCUCAACGAGCGAGAGAGGGACAUUAUUCGGUUAUACCACGGCAUAGGGAAACAGUGCCAUACAUGGGAGGACAUUAGCAGACAGUUUGGGUUGUCGAGGGAGCGUGUGAGGCAAGUAGGACUCAUCGCCAUGGAGAAGCUGAAGCAUGCUGCCAGGAGGAAACAUUUGAAUGCAUUGCUUGAGGAUUAUUGAGUUGAGAUGUUUUCAUUUGAGUCGGUUCCCCACACACAGUGGUUGUAUAUACUCGGAAACAUAGGGUACACCAUCCUUGAAAGGCUUUAUGCCACUCACUCUGCAGAUAAUUAUACAUGUACAUUUGUGACACUUAAUAGGCAUCCAUGAUCAAGAUAUCUAUGCCUGCACAAUCAUCAAGGCGAUCCAACAAGAAGAGAGGCGGCUUUUUUCUUGGAAGCUUCACGGAUUUUCUGUAAUAUAUGCAUAUGUAAUGUAUCAUUUAGCGCCUUAAUCAGUAGAGCAACAACAUCUAUGUCCUGGAUCUGUAUUCUUCUCCAGUUACAUAAAAAGAAAAUGCUUACACGAUUAUGAGGCA